GACGAUUAGAAGACGUUACUUGACGACGCUAUAUCAUCGUCAAUACAUACGCCUUCGACCCCAUCCUCCCUCGAACGAGUCACAACCUAUCCAGGUCAUCAGCAACCGCUCGAUCCAUUGACACUUCGCAUCUCACAAACCGUGUAGCCUGUCAGGACAGUAGCUACUCGUGCUUACGGACAUACCGCCCGUUUAAUAUCAUCUACUCGUCCCUUUAUCUCUCUUCACAUUCGCCAUGGAUCACUCCAGAGAUCCCUGCCCCUGGGUUGCCCUGAGCGACUUCGGUGGUGCUUUCUGUAUGGGUGACUACCGGGCUAAUAAGAUGAAAACUGUAGGCAAUUGGUGGUGCAGUAUGGCACGGUAUCAAGGGUUUCAGAAACAGCCCCUACGGAGAGCGUCGGAUAGGAGCCCUCACAGCCAUCAAGCUCGCGCGCCCGUCCUCGGUGGUAACUUCGGUGUGUGGGGUGGUAUGUUCUCGACAUUCGACUGUGCGAUCAAGGGAAUCCGGAAGAAGGAGGACCCUUACAAUGCUAUUAUCGCUGGUUUCUUCACUGGUGGUGCUUUGGCUGUCCGUGGUGGUGUCAAGGCUGCCAGGAACUCUGCCAUCAUGUGCGCUGUUUUCCUGGCUGUCAUUGAGGGUGUCGGUAUUGGUUUCCAGAGAAUGAUGGCAGACAACACAAAACUAGAGCUCCCUCCUGCUCCCCCAUCUGGCGACAAGGUCGCUGCAUAAAUCAACACCCAGCUACGAUGCCUCCUUCCCGAAUCCGAUCUAUAUGCUAUAUUAUUAUCACGUAUCUCUCUUCUCAGGUGUUGGGUGUGGUCAUCAUUUCUGG